UGAGGCUCGAACUCCCAGCUCUGAGAAGGGCGAGAGUCACAUGCUGUACGGACUGAGCCAGCUGCUUCUGGCUUUAAAACCUCACUUCACAUUUACCACAGGAUGGAGUCCAGCCACUGAGCCUGGCUUUCGAUACCCUUAAUGUGACGCAGUCCACCUCCUGUUCUUUUCACGCUCGCCAAGCUGAACACCACCACCUCUCCCCUUCUUUGAAUGUAACGUGCCUAUUUCUGCCUUUGCUUCAUUUCUUUUCCCAUCUUUACAAAUUCUAUUUGUUCUGUAAAUCUUGUGAUCUUCUCCUCUUUUAAUGUGCCAUAUUACUUACCUCAGGUUGCCCACUUGUUAUUGUUUAGCUUUUCUUGCGAUCCUCACAUAGGGUAAUACCUACUACUUUUAACCAAUAAAGCCCAGAGUUCAGUGGAUUAAUAUUAUGAAGUGUAGUUCUUGGUCAUGUCACAGUUGAGUGUGAAUGUCCUUCCGUGAAGAAAUUCAGGGACAUCGUUUGCUUCCAUCCUGUGACUGUCAUUCCUUAAGGGUUUCUCUACUGAUAGGAAAGUAAAGUGAGAGCAAAAGAGGAACACUUCUUAACCUCCUGGGUUCUGCAGUGACACCCAUCACUUAAAUGCACAGUCUUUGGUGAGAACGAGUCACACGGGCCACCUGGAUGUGGAGGGAGAGGGAGUUGGCUCUCACCAGCAGCUGUACCAGUAGGUCAUGGAUUCUGUCUCUUGCCAUAGCCGUCUCUUGCCAAUGAGAUGGUAAACUUUUCUGGGUAAGCAGGAACUCCCAUAUUUCUGUGUAAAACCCAGGCUGGUCCUUGUAUAGAGGGGUUUUGUUCCAUAUUGAAGUGAGCUAGCAAUAGAAGGACUACCUGGAGUACGUUAUGGUGUGCAGUACUUUGGGUCGGAUGUCAGGAAGACCUCAUUUGCAUCCUGCCUCCACAGAUUAUGAAGUGGGUGACUUCAGGAAGUUCUGUAUCCUGUGCUCUUCAGCUAGGGGAUGGAACAGCAUCUCCCUCAUAAGGCUGUUGUGAAGAUGAAAUGAAAGAAGGCAUUUUGUUCCCAACAUCACCUUUGGGCACCCUGUGGUAGAAAGCCUCCGAAAGCAGCUAGGCCAGGACCCUUUCUUUGAUAUGCACAUGAUGGUGUCCAGGCCGGAACAGUGGGUAAAACCAAUGGCUGUAGCAGGAGCCAAUCAAUACACCUUUCAUCUUGAGGCUACCGAGAACCCAGGGGCUUUGAUUAAAGACAUUCGGGAGAAUGGGAUGAAGGUUGGCCUUGCCAUCAAACCGGGAACUACAGUUGAGUAUUUGGCACCAUGGGCUAAUCAGAUAGAUAUGGCCUUGGUUAUGACAGUGGAACCUGGGUUUGGAGGGCAGAAAUUCAUGGAAGAUAUGAUGCCAAAGGUUCAUUGGUUGAGGACUCAGUUCCCAUCCUUGGACAUAGAAGUCGAUGGUGGAGUAGGUCCGGAUACCAUCCAUAAAUGUGCAGAGGCAGGAGCUAACAUGAUUGUGUCUGGCAGUGCCAUUAUGAGGAGUGAUGACCCCAGAUCUGUGAUCAACCUGUUAAGAAAUGUUUGCUCAGAAGCUGCUCAGAAACGUUCUCUUGAUCGAUGAAACCACAAGGAGUUGAUGCUCAUGAAAUCUUUUUACUGGACGACAAGAAUAUUGACUAUCAAAUCCUAUCACAGUUGAAGCAGUGCUGUUUUUCUGAGCAGCUAUUCAUUCCAGUGACUAAAAUCUAUUCUGCAGAAUGUUCCAAGAGGUUAGAAAUUGGUGUGUAUAACUACAUUUUUAGUGAUGGAAUUUAAAGAUUAGUGUGGUAAAAUACCAUUUUUACUGGGAGACUUGAUUUUUAUAAAGUAAAAAUAUGGCUGUAUUAAGGUUGUAAACAAAAAUGUGUCUUAAAGCCUAAUGAAGGUGUACUAGUUACUAUGAAAAAAUUUUUUCUGCAAUUUAAAUCUUCUCAUUUCUUGGUUUUCCAAAGCAAAGGAAGUCCUUAUUCCUGUUCCGUAUGUCAUUUUUGAUUUGUGUGUGCACAUGACAAUAUGAGAAGAAUGGAACUUGUGAAAAAUCGAAGUUUGAAUCGGGCUAGGAUGGCACACUGUAUUCUUGCUUCUUAAACAUCUAUUUUUUACUUUGCACCUUAUAUUUGAUACGUAAAAACAGUGGAUGAAGCCCAGGGAUUUCAGGUGGUCUGUUCUAAAGUACAAGUAUAGAUUUUUAUCGAGGUGUUUUCUUUGUUAGCUCUGCUGGAGGGGCAGGUUAUACAGUGAUCCCCACCUGUCCCUUUUCUUACUCACCAUUCUUAAGAACAUGAAAUAAUACUGUGCUAGCUCUGAGCAGAGAGGAAAGGAAACAAAUUCAAUUGAGUUGAAUCUGGACUCUUUUCCUUUCCAUCUAUUUGACUUUAGCAAAUCAAAUCAACCAGUGUCUUUGCAUAUCUGUUAACUGAUUUAUACAUUGAAUAUAAUUAUAAUAACCAUGCAGGGUUAUGUUGAGCAUUAAGAGAGAUCAUACGUUAUAUGUAAAGCUUCCACUACUAUUCCCAGAUUUAUAGGAUAGUAGAGAAUUGAGGAUGCUCAAUACAAAGGUGCUGUCAUUUAUGUUUUGUAGCCUAUAAAGUACUUCAAUAUAAGCUCAUUAAAUCCACAAAUCACUCUUAAACGAGUGGUAGGACAGGUACUUUUAUCCCCAUUUAAAAAAUGAAGAUACUAAAGCUCAGCAACAGGCUGGUACCGUGGAAAGAACCCAGUAGGGCACAGGAGUUCUGGUUUGUACUUUUUACAAAUGGAGCCCUUGGAAGGUAGAUUAGGCAAAGGAAGCCUCUUGUAUGUAACACUGUCUUAUUUGCAAUCUAAUUUUACCAUGUAGCAGAACCAGAUGGCUGAGGAUAUUCUGGAUACUAUGGAUUUGACCCCAAGGAUAUAUAUUAUAUUAAUCCAGCAAAGACCAGGUAGGCCAAAAAGAUGACAAGGUACAGAGUUAAUCUGUAAACUAAAUAUUUAAAACUGUGUCCCAAAUUAUACUUUGACGAUACAUAUCCGCUAUUUCAUUCUUGCCAGUACUCUUGCUACAUAAUACAUAUGGCAAGAAAUAAACAGGAGACCAGUGUCGUUAAGCUUCUUUAGGCUACUAUGAGUUUUGAGAAAUAGGUUUGAAAAAUAAGAACAUUAACACUUCCGCAUAGACUAGAGCUUGCUUGGUUUUUUUCUAUCCUAUAAUGUAAAAAUCUGUCGGUUUUUAUUUUGACUUAGGAAACAUUUGUGCCAUCAAUAGGUGGUGUUUAAUCAGAUCAGACAACACAAGGCGUAUAGAAAUAACUUUAAUUAAAAAACUUACAUAGAAGAUUAUAAUGUCAGACAUGACAGAAAGAUUUGAGCUUAUUUGCCUAGACAACUUGGGUUUGUCCGGCUUUUUUCUUUUUUAAAAAUAAAUGUACAGUAAAACUACAAGCAAAAAUUUGUCAGUAUUUAAUUUGAAUUUUUUCCUUCCUUAAAAGGAUUAGUAUAAUUUCCAAUCCCUAACAAAAAACUUAGUGUCAAAUCCCCCCAGACUAGGCCAGAUGGCCAGGAUUGUCAGUUAUAUGGGUACUAUAACUUGAAUAACCUUUUUUUUUUUUUUUUUAACAUGAGAGGAGUUGUCCUCAACUUUUACAUUGAAAAAGUUACGUGAUAGCUUCAAAAGGAAUUUUCCUUAAUGUACACUCCUGUAUUCAGUAUUCAAGCAUUACCCUUUGAAAAAUUUUAAUUCUCACUCUAGAAUACAAGUAAGAAUAGAUGCUUAUUUGAAUAGAGUGAGCUAUAGUAAGGAAUGACCAAAUUCAUUAGAAAUACAACAUUUUUUAUACUGAUAGUACUUUCCUGUUGCUUAUUUUAAGUUGGUGUCUUCUCUUCACAAGAUACAUAAAAUAAAGUUCAAUUUUAAAAGAGACCAA